CCCAUACGCGUCCAAGCUUCGAUCGUGUCCAUAACGCAGCCUCUUGGCCAUGGGGAAAAUCGGCAAGGAGACAGGGGGUCAGAUCAUCAGCUUCAUCGGGCUGGUAGGGGUGGCGGUGACCACCGGCAUUCCCAUGUGGAGGGUGACCUCCUUCAUCGGCGCCAACAUCGUCACGGGCCAGAUCGUGUGGGAUGGCUUGUGGAUGAACUGCGUGAUGCAGAGCACAGGCCAGAUGCAGUGCAGGCUCAACGAGUCUGUGAUGAGGCUGACCCCGGACCUGCAGGCGGCCCGGGCGCUGGUCAUCAUCUCACUGGUCUUCGGCUUCAUCGGUUUCAUGAUCACCUUCAUCGGCGCAAAGUGCACCAGCUGCCUGACGAAGGAGGCCUCCAUGUCCAAGGUGGUGAUCAUCGGCGGCUGUUUACUCAUCGUGGCCGCCGUGCUCGUCCUCAUCCCGGUCACGUGGUCGGCCACCAUCACCAUCACCGACUUCCAGAACCCCCUGACCAUCAACACGCAACGGAGGGAGAUCGGAGCGGCCAUCUACAUCGGUUGGGGGUCCGCGGCCAUUCUCCUGGUGGGCGGCAUCAUCCUCACCACUUCGUGCCCGCCACAGAGGCCCACGUACGGAUACCCCGGCUACCAGGCCCCGUACGGGUCCGCGUACGGCAACGGGUCGACGUACGCGCCUGUUUACGCACCGACCUCCAGCCAGCCCUACGCGCCAAGCGGCUCGUAUUAUCCCAGCAAGCCGUACGUGGCGCCCUCCGGGUACGAGCCGCGGCAGUACAUUUAAACAGGGCGACCUCAAAUCAGACUGGAUCAAAACUGUACCAAGAAAGACUGGAAUGUGACAUUAUUCUAUAAUAAGUGUUAAUUAUUUGCAGUUUUGAGCUAUUUUCAAGCCGGUCUUGUCGCUGUGCCCCGCAAAUAGCAAUAUUCGACGGUAUUUUUUGUCAUGUUUAUGGAAAUCUUUCAACUUUCAUAUUUUUUUGAGUUUUUUUUUCGACCCAAAUUGAGUCCAUUCACGCUUAGGAAAAAUUGAAUGAGCUUUUUUUUGCGGCAUCAU